AUGGGGCUCUCCCAGCAACUGGGAAAUAAUUCGAAACAGCAAUUUGUUGCAAUACUGGAAACACGGAAAGUGUCCUUCUCUGAUGUAGACGUAGCGGCGGUCCACCGGACUAUCUCUGAACACGAGCGCGCUAUCCAUCGUCUGGACACAGAAACCGAAAGCCUCAUGCGGUCAAUCCGUCAACUACAGCAUCGGAGGCAACAACACAUCGCAGACAUAAGGCGGUGCAAAGGGAUGAUCACUCUAGCUCGGCGACUGCCUCCUGAACUCCUGGCAUCCAUAUUCGAAGAAUGCGUGAAAGAUGGGUGGACACGAACACCGUUGACAGUCUCUCAUGUUUGUUCCAGCUGGAGGAAGGCAGCAAGCAUCCCAACAGUCUGGUCCCAUAUAUACGUCAACCUUGACGCCCGAGAUCCGUGCAAGAGGACUCGUCUCUGGCUGGAGAAAUCAGAGGAUACCCUGCUCACAAUCAAUCUCGAAGUUGGGAAUGACUCCUCGUAUCUGGACAGCGUUAUGGAGUUAUUGACGAAGGAAAUACGCCGUUGGAAGCUGUUGACCAUCAACUCCAUUAUGUUGCACCCCGUUAAUCAAAUCUUACAAACCUGGAAUAAGCUCGCCCCCCAAUUGAGCGUCGUCGACAUCGCAGUUGCACAAGAGUUCAAUGUUAACACAGACGACGCCGAUAGUGAUCACCACGAGUUAACAGCUCUGCGGACUGCGUUCGCCGGUGGACCUCAGCUGCGGUCUCUUCGUAUAGAUCGAAACCUGCUCCCAGGACGGGGCAUCAUACCGGCGUCCAUCUCCCAUCUCACAUUACGACUGCCUUGUCACUGUAUACCAAUAACCAGACAGUCCCUGUCCUCGGUCAUCGACGUAUUGGGGGAACUAACUGCGCUCGAGACACUUGCAAUCGAGGUUCCCCAUGGACACAAUCAAGUCUUCGAAAUAGAUGUAGCUCACGGGCAUGCAGUCGAAAUCGCGACUCUACAAUUGAUCAGUCUAACGGGUUCCAAAGACAUUUUUCGUCUGCUGCCUCACUUACGACUUCCUACUCUAACCCACCUUCAUCUUCACUCCUCCCUCGACAAUCAGGAGGAAGACAUUGGAUCUUGCGUUGUGCAAUUCCUAACCAGUUCCUCGCCUCCGCUUUCCUUCUUGGAGAUUCGUGAUUUGGCGCUGGAAUCGAACGUUUAUGACCGUAUCUUUCGGGCGCUUCCUCUCCUAGAACGUCUUCACCUCCACGACUGCGAUAUCCUAGACACCACCCUGCAACAAUUGAACGGGCCACACGGACUAUGCCCUUUUCUCAGAACCCUAGACCUGAGAUGGUGUGGGAGAUUGUCCGGCAGAACACUGGUAGAUCUCGUUCCGAGCCGUUUGUGUGAGGAAAUCGAUGACAUCGACUCUGCCGCAGUCUGUCGUUCAAUCACAGACAUCGCCGUCAUCAAUUGCUCCUUCGUCAAAGAGGAGGACAUCAUGAAUCUGGCGAAGAUGACUAUCUGUCGUCUCAUUCAUGGAGGUUCAGAUGAUCUUUGCUAUGCGCUGGGGUGUUGCGCGAAUGAACGAUACCGGAAGCGGUUGAGGCAGCGCAUUCUCUUCCGGGGACCUAUUAAAGCACAUCCUCAUCGUCGUUUGAUCCUAUGA